AUGCUGCAGCUGCGGGAUGCGGAGGAGGGGGGCCCGGCCGACAGCCCCGGCAGCCCCGGGGGGGCGGCGAUGCUGGUACCGGGGGAGGCCGGGGGGGUCGGGCCGCUCUCCCCCGCCUCCGGUCCGGCCCGGCGGACGCUGCGGCCCCUCCGGGUUCGCACGGCCACCCGCGCCGGCCGCCUGCGGGAGUUCUUCGUGUUCCGGCCUGGCACGAUCGAGCAAGCGGUGAGCGAGAUCCGCGUGGUCGUGACGCCCACGGAGGACGGGGAGGUGCAGAGCGUUUGGCUGCUGACCGAAAUCGAUCACUGGAACAACGAGAAGGAGCGUCUUGUUCUUAUCACAGAUUGGUCUCUCUUGGUCUGCAAAUACAACUUCAUCAGCCUGCAGUGCCAGCAUGUGACGAGGAUUUCCCUCAGUGCAGUUGAUACCAUCUCUGUAGGAGAGUUUGAGUUCCCACCUAAAUCUCUGAACAAGCGGGAAGGUUCUGGAAUUCGCAUCCAGUGGGACAAGCAGAGCAGAGCCUCCUUCAUCAACAGGUGGAACCCCUGGUCCACAAACAUCCCCUAUGUCACCUUCACUGAGCACCCCAUGGCAGAUGCUGAUGAGAAGAUUGCCUCCCUUUGCCUGUUGGAAAACUUUAAAACACACUUAAUUCAAGCUGUGAAGAAAGCCCACAAGGAGUGUCCAUUGCCAGGAAGGGCUAAUGGGGUCCUGGUGCUGGAACGUCCCCUUCUGAUUGAGACCUACCUGGGCUUGAUGUCCUUCAUCAACAAUGAGGCCAAGCUUGGCUACUCCAUGACUAGAGGCAAAAUUGGAUUUUAAGAUGCAUUGCAUUUAAUCUUCUCAAGGGAAAGUGAUUUGCUAGUGGUCUCCUGGGGAGAUACUGGAUAAUCAAAGUGAAGUUUAGGGGACAGGAGGGGCAGCUUCCAGAUCUAAGGGGUCAGAGGAGGCCCUGGUUGGUAUGGUCAGGUCAGGUUAAUCUGGAGAAGUGUCAUUCUUGUAUCAUUUACAGCCCUUACUGCUUCUUCUGCAGGGCUAGUGAGCAGUGCUGUUUUCCAUUCCUAAUAACAUUUUCUUCUCUGUUAAUGAAGUGCAAUUGGCAUCUGCUACAAACACUCCACACAAAUAUGCAAGAUCCAGUGGGAGGUUUGUGCUCUAUUCCAGCUGUGUCCCUGUAUGUGGUGUCAUGCAGUGUGCUCAGGACUGAUUGCUCUUAUCUGAAGAGGUGUUUGUGUUCACACUUACUGUAAUCCUUGCAUUGUGAUUAAUGCCUGUUAAGAAUUUUGAAAGCUCAGUUAUUCUUUAGCAAAAACCAGCCAGCAAAGUGUUGAAGCUGUGCUGUCAGAUGCAGAGGAGCUGAACUGGUACCUUGCAAGCUGAAGGAUAGGGCUGAGUUUGUGUUUAUUAGCUUUUUGUAAAAAUAUUUCCCUCUAAAACCAGUGUCUAACUUCCCAGUUUCUUAUGUAUGUCUUCUUGCUGCAGUCACAGAAUAAAGACUCUUUU